GUGGGAGAACUUGCACAAUUGGUGGCUGACUAAAUACUUUUUUGCCCCACUGUAUUCUCUGUCUUUUAAUGUGCAGGUGAAGGAUGCUGUCCAUGCAGUAGACCCAGGCCUGUUAUCGAUGGCGUGUGGCUCCUACCGUCGGGGAAAAUCCACGUGUGGAGAUGUUGACGUACUUAUAACUCACACUGAUGGCAAAUCUCACAAAGGGGUUUUCAGCAAACUGUUGCAGAGCCUCCGUGACAGUGGGUUUUUGACGGACGACCUGGUGAGCCACGAGGACAACGGAGAGCAGAAGAAGUACAUGGGCGUGUGCCGUUUGCCAGACCACCGCCAUCGCAGGCUGGACAUCAUCGUCGUGCCCUACAACGAGUUUGCGUGUGCUAUCAUGUAUUUCACCGGGUCAGCACACUUCAACCGCUCAAUGAGAGCCAUGGCAAAGACAAAAACAAUGAGUUUAUCGGAACACUCGCUGAACAAAGAUGUGGUGCGUCAGGGUAGCUUAAAGGUGUUUGGCGGCACUCCGUUCACUACAAAGACAGAGAAGGAUGUUUUUAGUAUUUUAGGCAUACCAUACAGAGAGCCCCAUGAAAGGGACUGGUGAGGCUUCCCCAAUCACAAUGUUUUGUUUGUUUUUAAAAGAAUAAUCAUGAGGAUGGAUGAUGACAAACUGCAAUUAUGGCCAAACAACUAUUUUUAAGAAUGCUUUACUGCUGAACUGAUCAUGCAUGAGCCCUGUUUUACUUGAAUACCAUUGUAUUCUACAGAUGAAUUGAUAUGUACCAUUUAAUCAUAAGAACCUUUUUUCUUACACUCAACCCUAAUUGUAUCUUUUCUUCCAGAUUGUUUAAGGGAUGUGUACCAAAGUUGAGAUAUCCAUCUCUGAAACUCCUACUGACACGCCAUUACAAACAAAUAUUGGUAAUUUUGCUGUAGGGUCCAGAGCCCUUUAAAAAAUAUAUUUUUAAUUGAAUUCUUAAGGAAAGUUUCUUACAUUCAUUAUUCACAGUGUAGAAGGUAGCUGAAUUAAGCUGACUAAACAGGAACACUAUGAAAAAUAAAUGUUGCUUUGAAGUUUAAUCAAUAUUAAAUUGUAAAACUUCUAUUAUUCAAGGCUGACAUCAAAGGUUUUAAAGGUGAAUAUAUAAGCAAUUCAACAGGUUAAUCAAAAAGCUAUGUGCAGGGCUGGAUACAACUUGAGGUGAAUAGAAAUAUAUAUAUAUGUAUUUGCAAGUUAAUUAAAUGUGUCUUUUAAAGUCAUUUUAACAUAUAUGCUUGAUAUUUUGUAUUUAAAAAAAAAAAAAGUGGGUUAUGGUAAUAAACAAAGGGAAUUAAAAAUA